AUGACAUGCAUUUAUGACUGGUUUAGUAGCCAGGAAUUAAACGAUCACCUUGUUUCUACACUGCAAGGAAAACCAUUCGUACAUCUCCCAGAAGAAAAAGACAUUGUUUGCGUUAACGAAAUUGUGAUUGAACUGUCGUCUUCAUUAGAGAUUAAACCGUUCUUAUAUAAGUCACCUUCGUUCUAUGGGCAAUUUUAUGAGCUUUUUCAGCAAAUAGGUUGUAAGCGUUCCGUAAUGUUUUGUCACUACGCUUCAAUUCUUCAGAAAAUAAAACAUCAAUGUAAAGAGAACGAAAUGAGUGUUCCGGAAAGGGCAAUUGUUAAGAGUGCAUUCAAGGGACUGAUACAGUUACCACUUGAUGAAGAUACAAGCGUAGAAGAGGUAUCAUCCGUUUUUAUUCCUACACAACAGCUGUAUCUUAAAGAUUCAAAACAAGUAAUUAUUUCCAAUAAGAAAACGUACGAACAUCGCUUGAAGGGAAAAAUUAAUUUAGACUUAUGUGUCGAAUUAUCGUUUUUAGACAUACAAAGCCCGUCACUAGAAGAGGCUUGCACUAAAUGGCCCAAUCAUUUAAGACCAGUACUAUUGGCAGAUGUUGUUACAGAAGAAGUUUGCAUGGAAGACUCUUUGCAUCAAAGAAUCACAAACAGCAAGAAAGCACGUAAACUCGAGCGUUUUUUGCAUUCAAAUGAAUUGGUAACAGCAUUGUGUCGAUUAAUAAAACACCAGAGUGCAAGAAAACCGUCCCAAAAUCAGUUUGAUCCCGAAAAAACAGAAGUUGAAAUUGCUGCUAAUUUACGCAAUGUCACUGUUGUUGAAUAUCCUGCUUUGAAAACGGUUUUGAAAUACAAAGGGAAAAUUGUUGAGGGAUCUGAGAGGUUAAUAGAACACCAUAUUCAAAAAGAAAACGGAAAUCAAUCUGGACCGUGUACUUUCUUUUUCAACGAUAAAAGUAAAUCAGAAAAUGUUGAUAUACCAAAGAUUUUACAUGGAAUAAUAAGUUUGCUUAAAAUAUGUACAACUUGUCUAAAUGUAGACUCAAUUAUUCAUUUAACAUUGCUGAUUCAAUCCUUUGAAUAUCCAUAUAAAUUACAUAGUAUUCUUGAUGACCUUCACAUACAGCAAUAUGGAAGUCCUCAAGCAACUUUACCAGAUUACUUUCCGAAACCAGGGACAUACGUGGAGGAACAAUUCAUCCCCUUCUUGGAGCAAGGAAUCAUUCCGUUUCAAGAUUUUGAGUUUGAGCACGUUGCAAUGGAACUAGAAGACGAUGACGACGGUUUACAAAAUCCAGUGUAUAUUUAUGUUAAAAUAUUAAGAGAGGAAGUCAAAGAUGUCGAUGAAGGUCAUGAAGCUGAUAACUUUGAGCGAAUAUAUAUUGUAGAAACGGGAAAGUCCGAUAUUCAAACUGAGAAAGUUCCUAUCUAUCGUCUUUAUAGAUUUGUUCGCAGGGACACAGGGAAUGAAAUAGAAGUUUACACAGGAAAGAAACAAAAACAACAAAUACCAAUCGACGAGCAAUGCAGAAAGAUAAGAAACAAGUUGAUAAAAGCAUGGAAGCUGCCAGAAAAAGAUCGAAAGCGUAUUGUUAGAAGAAUACUCCUUGAAUGGCAUCCAGAUAAAAAUCGCGGCAACGAAGAGUAUUGUACAAAAGUAUUUCAAUAUAUCCAAGUUAUUCUAAGCCGUCUUGAAAAUGGCGAGCCACUUGGGGAUGAUGUAGACGAUGAAAUGCGACGAGGAAAAUCACAGUUCUCACAGUCGUCGUCUGCAUUUUAUGAAAACGUUUUCAAGAGAGCUCGAACCUAUGCAAGAGCAUAUUAUGAUAAUUUCGAAGCAUACAGUAGGUCGGAAAGGACGGGGGAUUUUACCCAUUCAAAUUCAGCAACUGUAGAACGACAGGACCACGGAGAAGCACAGCGGUGGUUACGGCAGGCUAAACAUGACUUUCAAGCCGCUUUAGAAAUGUUCCCUGUUGCAUCAGGCGCAAGUUCUUAUAACUGGGUUUGUUAUAUUUGUCAUCAGGUUUGUGAGAAAGCUCUGAAAGCUGCGCAUUAUUCUAGAGAUGCCAAUAAUGUUCCUGAAGGGGUUUUCCUUCCGAGAUUAGCAAUAACAUCUAAUAUGAUGGAACAGGCUUCAUUAUUAGAGACACGACUCGGAGCACAUGGCCGGUUGAGAUAUCCGGACGCGCUCUCGCGUCCCAGAAUACCUUCAGACAUUUACAGCAUGGACGAUGCCGAGUUUUCUAUUGAAGUAGCACGGAAAAUACUGGAAAUGGUGGAGGAGUACAUUUAAAUUGUAGCAUUGAUAUAUCGUAUUUAGUAGAUAUGAGGAUUACUAAUACGAUGUUAGUUUUGCAUAUGAUUGAACUGAUUAAGAGUAAUGACUUUGAUCAAUAUUAAUUGGCACCAGUGAUAUGUCAAUUACAAGCUUUUUACAAUGUGAUAUGUAUCAACAUUAAAAAAAAAAAAAAAAAAAAAAAAAGAAAGUUACUCCCUUAAUGUUCAUAUGAAUUGUUUUUUCAUUUACACUCACUUCUUUCAUAUUCAGAUUGAGUUAUAUUGAUGGGUUGUAAACGUUUGAUGUAAACAUGUAAUACAACAUGUACGUAGAGUUUAAUGAUACAUUUUUAUGUCCUUAACUUCAUAACAAUAUUUGCUUAACACAACUUAGUUUUUGUUAUAAAAUAUAUGCUUAUAUAAUUCAAUAAAUGUACAUCAAAUUCUAUGUAUAUAUUUACUGUUGCUGCAAUGUAUAAAUAGCUUUAUUGAUGACUUUGCAAUAAUGUUUUUACUAUGUUUUGAAAACAUUUUGUUACUUUUGUAUAUUCUAUUUUUGAAUGUGUUGAUUCAAGAACGGAAUACUUACUUACAUUUUGACAUAUAGACUACCCCUAUAUAUAAUACAUAUAUAAGUCAUUUUUAUAAAUCCAUCUGAGUUUGUUACAAUUUGAUGCAAAUGUGAGUCCUUUACGAGUUUGGAAAACGAUUCAUUUCCAAUACUCUGAACACCAUAAAAGAAUUCUAUGAAAUCACUUAUUUGAAUAAAUUUAUUGUACAUGAGAUGAAAUAAAGCCAUUUCGUUGUAUCUUAAUCCGUGAGCCACGGAAACGACGGAAAUAAGUGCCCCAUGAAUAUUUAUAAUUUUGCAACUUUACAUAUAUAAAGCUAAGCUUUUAUUACAUAAUAUGUUUUUACAUUCAGACAUGUUUUUGAAAAUCUUUAAUAGAUUAUUAGGUUACUUGUAUAUAUUGGGGAGAAUAUGAUAAUUUAGCUUUCAAGGUGAAUUAUAUUUAUAUUUAUUUCAUUUAUAGUUUGGCUUCAUUUUACAUACAUGGUUUACUCGUAAUUGUAAAGAGCAUAUUUAAAGUUAAAAUAAAAUGAGUACGAGUACAUCUAUUAUAAUAUUUAUAAAUAUUUGUAAGAGAAUUAGCAACUAGUAACUUCACCAUGUUUGCUAUAAUAAAGAAACACUGUACUAUAUAUACUAUUUUGAUUGAUUGUGCAUAUCACACGUAUUUGUAAACGAUGUGUGCGUUUUACUUUGCAAAUAAUGGAUUUUUUGUUUUUGUUCUAAAUGUAAUAGGAUUUUACUAUUUAUACUUUAGAAAACCUUUUCGUUUUCUGCAACUGAAUGUGUAAAUAGCUUCAAUAUGACCAGUGUUAUAAUGUUGUUCUAGUGUGUGACUUUAGUUAUAUUGCUAUCAUUAACAAUUCAUAUGAUGCGCUUCUCAGGCUCAUUAUUGUCUUAUUUAUGAAAGAAAUUCAUCAUAAUUUAUUUACUGUAAAGUUUAGUAGUUAAAACACACAAAAAAGCAUCUGUUUUAAAUACAAUGGUUACUAUUUAUUUGCAGUAUCUAAAAAAGCAUCCGUUUUAAAAACAAUGGUUACUAUUUAUUUGCAGUAUCUUUUUUUACACAUAUGUUUAUGUAUAGAUUUUUAAUCGCAUGAUGGCACUUGAUAAAUUUGACAUAUUUAUAUUGUCUGUGUUUAACAUUCAUUGAAUGCAUGAAAUGUAUUCACUAUGAUUUAUUUAAAACAAAUCAAACUACUUUAGCAUAAGUUAUACAAUUUUAAACCAAUAUCAAAAUUGCAUAGUUUGUAAAGUUAAAUCUAUUACCGAUAACUCAUACUGGUAACCAUAGAAAACCUACACGGAAAAUAAAUGAUAACUCACACGGAAUAUUACAGAUAACUCUAAUGAGUCAGUGAUAGCCGACACAAUUAAUCGCAUACUUUAGUUGUUUUUUAAACAGUCCUGUUUUAUGUGUACAAUUUGCCAAGGUUGAACACUACUAAAUAGAACAUCUUUAUGUUUGUUUAAUUGUGGAAACAUUUUGUUAGUGAAAGAUUUGCUGUUUCUUUAGAAUAGUUUUCUAUUGACUAUUUUAAAUACUAUAUAUUAAGCGAUGUUCACAUGCCAUAUAUCAUGUAAAUAGUUCUACAAUGUUUGAUUUUACCAGUUUUGCAUUGAAUUGUAUCUUUAUUUGUUAUGAAGGACAGUACCUAUUUGUAAUAUUUUUAUGACUGAUUGUACAAUUGUACAUAUCAUACGUAUAUGUAAGAGAUGUGAGCGUUUUGCUUUGCAAUUAUUUAUUUGGUGUAGCUGUUUUGUAUGUCAUGGUAUUUUAUUAUUAUGUCAUAGGAUUUAUUUCAUUAUUGAGACUCCUUCAUAUCAUCUUUUAUGUUAUUUACACAUAGUGAUCAUUAAUGUGUAUGUAGGAUUGCAUCAAGAGUCGAUUCUAUAAAUUUCAUCAUAUAUUGAUAUGAUUUGAAAUUGAUUUUCAAUCUGUUUGUUUAAACAAAUAUUUAUAUAGUAAUACACCGCUUUGCAGUUGUUUUCUUCAUAAUGAUAUGAUAAUAUUGUGUAAGUUAAAUUUUGAAGAUAGUUAUAAACAGAACGCACAGAACUUUUAUUUUUGAUUUGUACAUAAUACAUCAUCCUAUAUAUAAUAAUUUUCAAGUAGCACGUGGAUACAGGCACAGCGUUCUUCCAUGUGACUGUACAUAUAUAUUUACUGUAAAUAUAUACUCAAAUGGUAGAAACCACAUUGUGUCAUUUAAUUAUAUCAAAUGUAUUUAAAAUAAAACUGGUAACGUAAAUGUUUUUUAAAAAUAGAAAAAAAAACAGAUAAAAAUGUAAAUAGGAGUUGAACCUUAUUCAUUACUUAAAUGAUGUUUAUGCAGCUAUUCUCUUUCUGACUGAAUACAAAGCCGUCAAUCCCAAUAGACAAUGUGCCAAUAUGACAAGUUUUCUUACUAUUUAUAACUUCAAUACGACUUUAUAUUGACUUCAGUAUAGCAGUGGGUUUGAGUAAGUAUGCUAAAUAUUUAUGUAUAAGAGAAGGUAACCAUAUAUUUCUAUUGUGUGAUAGACAGAUUUGUUAAUGCAACAUGACUACUGUAGAUAAAUAUUGUUGUUAAGUAUUGUUAACAAAUUAUUCUUAUCAAUAUUGACAUGCAUGUAAAUACAUUUUAUCACGUUUUAUGCACAUAUAAGUUAGUUCAACAUAUUCCAAAACCUUACUUUAAAUGUUUUUAGAUUUGUCUGUAAUUCGUUGGUACUGUUCAUUUUGAUAUUUUUUUCUUUUACACACCUAUGUUUGUAAAAAGCACACCUUCUGUAAUCAUGCAUCACGUUGACUUGAACUCUGUAUAUAGAUUUAUAUAUGAUUUAUAUAAUGUCAUUAGGUUAAAGCUAUGCUUAAAUCGAUGCUUUUUGAACAUUUUUUAUACUGAGAGGCUAAUCCUAUCUAUUAGUAUAUAAUUCAUUUUCUGUUAAUUCAUAUGAUAUAAACUACUAAUUCAUCAAUUACAAGGAUGCACUUUUAAUCAACAGGUAUAAAAGAUGAGCCUUGUUGCAUCAUGUGUUUAACAAUGUUAUGUUACUGAAGUUGUAUAAAUUGAUUUCUCAUUGAUUUUAGAUAAAUGUUGUACAGAAAUUAAGGGAUAAACUUUUGUUCGAUAAAAAACAAAAGGCGUGCCCUGAAUUAAAUAUGUUAUUUGUAAUAUCAGUCUGAAGAUGCUUGAAGACUUGUUGAGAUAUAUGUAGAUUUAUUAUUGUCGGCCAACUUAUUUUUCUGUUGAAAUUGUAAGUUUUGUAGAGAUAUAGAUUUGUUUCAUGAUAACAAAUCUUUAAAACAAAGCUUUUUAUAUAUGAAGCUGUGACAUUAAUAUGAAUUAUGUUAAAUUGAAUAUGUUUUGGUAUAGGGAUGUACUUUUGUUUAGUUGAAGCAAAAGGUGUGCCUUAUAUAAAGUUUGAAACUGACUUCAAUAUAUUAGAGAAAUAUAAACAUAUCGUUAAAUUUUGUUUUUUCAUUGUUUUAAUUUCUAUUAAUAUUGUUAUAUUUAAACCGUAGGGAUGUACUUUUGUAUCGAAAUAGCAAAAGGUGUGCCUUACAUAAACUUAAAGAACUGAAUUAUUUUAAGAAAAAAAUACCGUUUCUUUUCUGUUUACCAAUUAAUUAAUUUUUGAAGUUUAAAUAUUUUAACCUUAGGGAUGAACUUUUGUAGUAGCAAAAGAUGUGCUUCAUAUAAAUGUUUGAAACUUAUUUACAAAAUAACAUACGAUUGACUUUUUAUAAUUUACUGUUACGCAAUUUUAUUUAUAUAUAUUAAAACUGACUUCAAAAAAUAAGGAAAUAUAAUUAAAUUUUGUUUUUCAAUUGUUUUAAUUUCUUUCUACUUUUGCUAUAUUCAAACCGUAGGGAUGUACUUUUGUAUCAAAAUAACAAAAGGUGUGCCUUAUUUUAACUUUAACAACCGAAUUACUAUUAGCAAAAAUAAAAAGAUAUUUUUUGUUUACUAUUUUAUUAUUUUUGUAGUUAUAAAUAUUGAAAUCAUAGGGAUGAACUUUUUUUUAGAAAUUGCAAAAGGUGUGCAUUAUAUAAAGUUUUGAAACUAAAUUACAAAAUACCAUAAGAUUUAUUGUUUAGCAUUUUUAUUGAAUGAAAAAAAAUAUUGUAAAAGAAGGGAUGUACUUUUGUUUGACUAUAGCAAAAGGUUGCCUAUUGUAUUGAUUUCCAAAUUAACUACAAAGAAAACAAACAAAAUAAAUGAUUUCUACUUGA